GUUAGCAAAUCCCACCCCUCUUGGCUGAGCCUUUGCUCGCCCACCUGUCCUGGUGAAACUGGAAAGGCCUUAGGGCCACCAGUAAACUUUCAAUCGUAAAAAAAAAAAAAAAAGUAUAUUUUUAUAGAACACUAGCGGCCCGCUCCGGCUCCGCUCGGGUCUUUAACAAAAAUUUCAACGAUAAUUGACGUUGUUUAAUUGUUGUAAAUAAAAGAACACUUAUUGCGGCAUAACUAUUAUAGUUAGACAUAUGGUGUCGCAACACCUUUUGUAAUUAAUAAUAUUUUCUCCAAAGUUGUAGUACAUUAUUUUAUUCUAUCAUCAAUAGUUUUCGCACGGCACGCGAUAUAAUAUAUUAUGCGCUAGAUAGAAUAUUUUAGGUAUUUUUUUACACCUUGGGUUACAUUAUGGGAGUUUUAGUAAGGAUCCCUAAUUUUUUUCUAAAAAGAUUAUAGCCUAUGUCAUUCGGGAAUAGUGUAACUUCCAAACAGUGAAAGAAUUUUUCAAAUCGGUUCAGUAGUUUCGGAACCUAUUCAAUACAAACAAACAAACAAAUCUUACCUCUUUAUAAUAUUAGUAUAGAUAAUUAUAAUAUUUAUGAAACUACCCCAAAACCUCAACGAUUUUUUCCGUAUCACGCAAAUACACAUCGCCGACGAUAAACUCAUUUAAUGUUGUUUGCUAAAGUAGAAUAUUAUCGUCUUACAUCCAGCUAAUUACAGAUAGGCAAUGAUAAAUCACCGCCUCGCUUCGUCACACAUUCUUUGUUUUCGGCACCGUUCAUGAUUAAUUUGGUACUUGCCGACGAGCGAUUUUGCAGGGCUUCCCCUUCUCUGCCUACUUCUAAGGAAAAUGUUUUCGAGGUUGAAAGAUUCCGCGUUGCAGAGUAGGGUAGGCAUUAAUCAGUAUAUUUUGAGAUUUCAACCUCAUAUCUUGGGGUAUUGGAGUUGUGGUGUAAUGCCCGUGAACUGGACUACCUUGGUUUUUGGAUUUUAUUGGUCAUACGGACGACUACAGCUUUUUUUAUUGCCUAGAUUUUCUAUGAACUCACGGCCUAUCUGGUGUCCAGUACUUAUCGGAACACAUAAACACAAUCUAUAAAGUAAAUGCCGCCACCCAAGUUGAUACAUGAUUUCUAAUAUCUCAGGUUUUACGGUACAACGGCUGCCCCAUCUUUCAAACCGAUUCAAGGCGUUACUGCUUUACAGCAGAAAUAAGCAGGGCGGUGGUACCUACACGUGCUGACUCACAAAGCGUCCUAUCACCAUUCAAACAAUUUCUAAUUAAAAUCACAAUCUAACUACUACUAUCAAUUAAUACCACUUUUAAUCAUAUCUAAAUACGUUAAUAAUUAAAUCUCAUGAUUGUACUCAUGAUGUACUUUUAGUUAUGCCUGCGACUCGCGAAGGUUGAAGAAAAUAUUAAAUAGCAACCAAUCCACAAUUUAGUGAAAGAAAUCUAUUGAAAAACAGAGGACCGAGAUGAGAUCCCACCUACACCAGAGGGUGUCGAGAAGGGGUCAGAAAAGAUGCUACGACCAUUGAUUGCCGGGCCAAGAAAUACGAUGAACACGAAGUCAGCAAUGGCUCAGCAAUACCGUUAUCAGUGAGCUUAUGCAAAAAGAUUCUGUGAUUCACGCGAUCAAACGCUUUGCUGAAAUCGGCGUACACAGUAUCAACAGUCGAGCACCUGUCGACCUCGACAGCAAUGUUAAUGAAAAAUCUCAAGUUCGUUCGUUGACGUAGAUCUAGACUUCGUGAAACCAUGUUGAUGAGAGUUAAUUAGAUUUUUGAAAUGCCCCGCUAAAGUCGGAUGGAGAAUUUGGUCAAAAAUCUUUGCAAAUUCAGCAAGAAUACCUUACUCGGAUCAAGUUUUUUUUAAACUUUAAGUACAUGUGCGUCAUUAAAUUGGAUAAUCGACAAGUUAUUAUUUCAUAAUUUUGCAACAUGAGGGACUAGGAAUGUAGAGCACCAUUAUUGUAUACAGAAGAGAAGCUACGAGCAAAGAGAUUGCAAAUAUUUUUGCCGCUCGAGGCACUCUUGCCCUCCAGAGUCAUCCGUGCAGGGAAGAGGCUUCUAUCCCUUAUUUUGUUCUUGAUAAAAGACCAAAUCGCUUUUUGGCCAACUCGAAAGAUAAUUUAUCCAAUGGGGUUUUUAUUAAAUUUCUUAAGCUUUUUUCUAUAUUUCAGUUUUUCCUUAAGAAGUUUAAUUAAGUCACAAAAAAACCAUGAAGGGUCAUUCUUGCUUCUUAAUAAACGCUUUGGUACAUGUUUCUCGAUAACCAUGCCCAUAUGUUUAUAAAAUACCAAAAGCAUAUAAUCGACAGACGGACGAACUUCCAGUUCGUCAUACCAAUCGACGUUUAUUUUAAUAAUCAGAGAUUUAUCACUGAUUACGUUGGUGUAAUCUGCUUUAUAAAAAUAGCGACGGUUAUUGUUGUCCGGAAUCAAAUUAUUGUUACCAAUUUUUCUACCACAAUCAGAUAUGCUCAAAACAAAAGGUGGGUGGUAACGGUCAACCUUCGAUAGUGGAUCGCUGCUUGUACAUGAAUUGAUAAUAUUUGUUCUGUUACUGAUGACCAAAUCCAAGACCUUGGCGUCACUGUUGAGCGUGCGGUUAUAAUACUAUAAUUUAUUCAUCAAGCAAAAAUCAAGAAGCAUAUUAGACAAUAGGUCAUUACUAGACUUACAGUUAAGAGACAGCAUGUUAUUAGUAAAAUUCCAGGUUAUGCAAGAUUACAUAAAGUCGCCGACAAAUAUGACGUUUUCAAUUUUAUUUUGUUCCAAGACUCUAUAGGAACUUCCCAAAAAGUCCUCAAGAGCAUCCUGCCUAAGAAGUGAGCGGCAUCAUUGCGGUUCUGGUCAUUGGCGCGUAGCCCGUACGCGUAGGUAAUCCCACCGGUUUGAGAUUUAAUCUGAAUCUGAGUACUUCGCUAUCGCCUGCACCCAGAUGCAAUAAAAAACAAUUAAAACAUUUUAUCGAAAACAAAACGUACGAUUUAGCGACUAACGAUUCUGAACGCCGCCGCGCUGAGAUAAUAAGGCGAUUCGAUAAUAAAAAAGAUAUAAAUUCGCUACACCAUUAGGCGUAACGCUAUUCACAUAAGUUGCUGUGCUGUGACUGUCACCGGAACAUUAUCUCAAUAUGAUAAAUUUAAAUUUAUUCUUAUUUAGUAUCCUAGGACUGUUUGGUGUUUGUGUCGGUCAAUUCAUACAAAAUGGCCAGUGCGAUCCGAACAUAGCGACCGUCCCGAAUUUCCAAGUUCAACAAUUCCUAGGUGUUUGGCAUGAGAUCUCCAGCUACUACUCCGAGAGCUCCACCGGUAGCUGUCCCAGAGCGGAAUACACUUUAGGCAAUGGCGUCGUCAAUAUCGUGAACAGCCAAGUCGUCAACCAAGCUCUGGAAACCGUGACCGGUACAGCCACAGUCAUCAGCAACGAUGGAAGUGCCAGAUUACGUGUUCUUUUGAACGUCGCUCCUGGAGUGACGGCGGAACAAGAAUUGCUAGUCUUGGCAACGGAUUACGUGAAUUAUGCUGUUACGUAUUCUUGCACGAAUCUCCCGAACAACCAAAGAAGGAUUUAUAGUUGGAUCGUCAGCAGAACACGCACUCUCUCAGCCCAGUCCACAGCGCUUGUCAACCAAGUGAUCAACGCCAACGUCGAGCUAAAUCAGCAGUACUACGAGCCGGCAAUGCAAUCUGACGCAGACUGUUUCUACUACCCUCAACCCGCGCAAAACGAACCGGUUAUAUUCAGAGGGCAAUGUGACCUGAACAUUCCGGUCGUCCAAAAUUUCGACGCAAACCGGUACAUGGGUCCAUGGCACGAAAUCGAAUCAUACCCGACGCAAUUCCAAAGUGGAACUUGUAGUAACGCUUUUUACUCAUUAAGAGACGGAAGAGUCGAUGUUUUCAAUACCCAAGUCAUUAAUCAACGUCUUGAUACCAUCAAUGGCGUGGCAACUGUUGCCAGCACCGACGGCAGUGCCAAGCUAACGGUGUCCUUUCCAAUUCCGGGGACAACACAGACUACACAAACUGACUACUGGGUUUUGGAAACUGACUACACUAGCUACUCCCUUGUAUAUUCUUGCACGAACAUCAACAACGAGCACAAAAGAGUUACAGCGUGGAAAUUAAGCCGAAACAAACAACUGUCUGCUGAAGCGAACGCGGUUAUGAAUAAUGUCAUCAACAGGAUAAACGUUCUUGACCAAAGAUACUUUGAAGUGACCGACCAGACCCCGACUGGUUGCUUCUACUUCCCCGUAGCUCAGCCUGGCGUGCCCGUCGUUUUCCCGGGACAAUGUGACACGAAUGUUCCAGUAGUCCAAAAUUUCAAUUUGAAUGAGUUCCAAGGGUUGUGGCACGAAAUCGAAGCAUACCCGAAGGACGAACAACCUGGCCAGUGCAUCAACCAUCGAUUCUCGCUUGGGGCCAGCAACACUCUCGCUUUGACUUCAUCUAAUGUGUUCAACCAGUUCUUGGAUACGACCACGGGCACUGUUUCAUUUGCCUCAAAUGACAAUAGCGCCCGUUUGACAAUCACCAUUACAUCAGGUGGUCAAACAAUUACAAUUCCCUACUGGAUUCUGAGCACCGAUUACUCUAGCUAUGCUUUGGCUUAUAGUUGUGUCAACAUAGACAGCGAUUUCAGAGGAGUGUGGAGCUGGAAACUGAGCAGAACGAAACAACUAACAGCCACUGCAAACGCGGCUAUUAACAAUGUUAUUGCUACCAAUGUGGUAUUAGAUAAUGUUUACUACGAGCCUAUCGACCAAUCGGACAGGGCGUGUUUCCAUCUGCCCAACUUGGCACCCGGAGAGCCUGUUAUUUUACCAGGCCAAUGUGACCCUAACAUCAACGCGAUCCGAAACUUCGAUACGACGAGAUACUUAGGCCGCUGGCGUUUGAUCGAGAGCUACCAUUCAGAUAAUCAAGGAGGUGAAUGCCAGGAAGCUACGUACUCGGCAGGAUCGGGCGGUGUCGUAACAGUCCACAACACACAAGUUAGAAAUCAAGCUCUAAGUGAAAUAAGAGGAACUGCCACAUUGGCCACCACUGAUGGCAGUGGAAGAUUACUCGUCACAUUCCCUAGUUCAACUGUACCAUUCGAAUACUGGAUUCUUGAUACGGACUACGACAAUUACGCCCUCGUAUACGGAUGCGUGAAUAUUAACAGCCAGCAAAGACGAGUCUGGAGCUGGAAACUGAGUCGUACCAACACGCUGUCUCAAAGUGCAACAAACGCUAUUAACCAGAUAGUCAACAGCAUUGAUGUUCUAAAUAAUAGGUUCUAUCAGCCGGUGGAUCGUUCUGACGCGGCGUGUUUUUACUACCCCACACCAUCGACGGAACCUGUAGUCUUCCGAGGACAGUGCGAUGAAAACAUUCCAGUGGUGCCAAACUUCGAUGCAAAUGCAUACAUGGGUCCAUGGCACGAAAUCGAAUCAUACCCGACGCAAUUCCAAAGUGGAACUUGUAGUAACGCUUUUUACUCAUUAAGAGACGGAAGAGUCGAUGUUUUCAAUACCCAAGUCAUUAAUCAACGUCUUGAUACCAUCAAUGGCGUGGCAACUGUUGCCAGCACCGACGGCAGUGCCAAGCUAACGGUGUCCUUUCCAAUUCCGGGGACAACACAGACUACACAAACUGACUACUGGGUUUUGGAAACUGACUACACUAGCUACUCCCUUGUAUAUUCUUGCACGAACAUCAACAACGAGCACAAAAGAGUUACAGCGUGGAAAUUAAGCCGAAACAAACAACUGUCUGCUGAAGCGAACGCGGUUAUGAAUAAUGUCAUCAACAGGAUAAACGUUCUUGACCAAAGAUACUUUGAAGUGACCGACCAGACCCCGACUGGUUGCUUCUACUUCCCCGUAGCUCAGCCUGGCGUGCCCGUCGUUUUCCCGGGACAAUGUGACACGAAUGUUCCAGUAGUCCAAAAUUUCAAUUUGAAUGAGUUCCAAGGGUUGUGGCACGAAAUCGAAGCAUACCCGAAGGACGAACAACCUGGCCAGUGCAUCAACCAUCGAUUCUCGCUUGGGGCCAGCAACACUCUCGCUUUGACUUCAUCUAAUGUGUUCAACCAGUUCUUGGAUACGACCACGGGCACUGUUUCAUUUGCCUCAAAUGACAAUAGCGCCCGUUUGACAAUCACCAUUACAUCAGGUGGUCAAACAAUUACAAUUCCCUACUGGAUUCUGAGCACCGAUUACUCUAGCUAUGCUUUGGCUUAUAGUUGUGUCAACAUAGACAGCGAUUUCAGAGGAGUGUGGAGCUGGAAACUGAGCAGAACGAAACAACUAACAGCCACUGCAAACGCGGCUAUUAACAAUGUUAUUGCUACCAAUGUGGUAUUAGAUAAUGUUUACUACGAGCCUAUCGACCAAUCGGACAGGGCGUGUUUCCAUCUGCCCAACUUGGCACCCGGAGAGCCUGUUAUUUUACCAGGCCAAUGUGACCCUAACAUCAACGCGAUCCGAAACUUCGAUACGACGAGAUACUUAGGCCGCUGGCGUUUGAUCGAGAGCUACCAUUCAGAUAAUCAAGGAGGUGAAUGCCAGGAAGCUACGUACUCGGCAGGAUCGGGCGGUGUCGUAACAGUCCACAACACACAAGUUAGAAAUCAAGCUCUAAGUGAAAUAAGAGGAACUGCCACAUUGGCCACCACUGAUGGCAGUGGAAGAUUACUCGUCACAUUCCCUAGUUCAACUGUACCAUUCGAAUACUGGAUUCUUGAUACGGACUACGACAAUUACGCCCUCGUAUACGGAUGCGUGAAUAUUAACAGCCAGCAAAGACGAGUCUGGAGCUGGAAACUGAGUCGUACCAACACGCUGUCUCAAAGUGCAACAAACGCUAUUAACCAGAUAGUCAACAGCAUUGAUGUUCUAAAUAAUAGGUUCUAUCAGCCGGUGGAUCGUUCUGACGCGGCGUGUUUUUACUACCCCACACCAUCGACGGAACCUGUAGUCUUCCGAGGACAGUGCGAUGAAAACAUUCCAGUGGUGCCAAACUUCGAUGCAAAUGCAUACAUGGGCCUCUGGCACGAUAUCGAGAGAUACCCAAGCCGUUUCCAAAGUGGCACGUGUAGCAAUGCUCGCUACACGCUGAGCGGUGGGUCCGUCUUAGUACAGAACACACAAGUGAUAAACCAAAGGUUGGACACUGUGAACGGCAAUGCUGUCGUCGCGUCUACAGAUGGAAGCGCCAAACUGAGAGUGUCCUUCCCGAUUGCGGGCACAACACAAACAACACAAACUGAUUAUUGGGUCUUGGCAACCGAUUACACAUCAUAUUCUCUUGUUUACUCAUGCACCAACCUUGAUUCAGAAACCAGACAAGUCAGCAGCUGGAAGUUAAGCAGAACAAAGCAGUUAUCAGCAGCCGUUAACAUCGUCAUCAACAACGUCAUUAAUCCUAUCAAUAUCCUCGACCAAAGAUACUUCAAUCGCAUCGAUCAGAGCACUACAGGCUGCUUCUACUUCCCCCAAGCUCAACCAGGAGUUCCAGUAAUCUUCCCUGGGCAGUGUGAAACGAACAUUCCGGUCGUUUCAAACUUUAAUUUGAAUCAAUUCCAAGGGAUCUGGAACGAGGUCGAAGCCUACCCUAAAGAGCAGCAAACCGGACAGUGCGUCAACCACCGGUUCACAGUCGCCACAGGCAACACUCUAUCAUUGAUUUCUUCGAACGUAAACGGCAAGACACUGAACACAAAUACCGGAACUGUAUCCUUCACGUCUACUGAUGGCAGCGCUCGUCUCUCAAUCUCGAUCAACGUUGACGGUCAAGUCAUAACGAUACCAUAUUGGAUAAUCAGCACGGACUAUACUAACUACGCAUUGGCUUACAGCUGUGUGAACAUCGACAAUGACUUCAGGGGAAUAUGGAGCUGGAAGUUGAGUAGAACAAGACAUUUAUCAACGGCUUCUGCGAAUGCAAUCAACAAUGCCAUUGCACCUAUUGUCGUCUUGAACAAUGACUACUAUGAAAGGAUUGACCAGUCCGACGACGCCUGCUUCCACCUCCCUAACCUGGCGCCUGGCGAGCCCGUCAUCCUGCCAGGACAGUGCGAUCCUAAUAUCGCAGUUGUACGAAACUUUAACACUGCCAGAUAUUUGGGACGCUGGCGUUUGAUUGAGAGCUAUCCGUCGGACAACCAGAGAGGACAAUGCAAUGAAGCCACUUAUACAGCUGGAACUGGUAAUACUGUUGUUGUUCAAAACACACAAGUCACCAACCAAGCUCUAGGUCAAAUAACAGGCUCUGCAGUUCCGGCUACGACCGAUGGUAGCGGCAAGCUACUAGUGACUUUCCCCAGCACUGCUACGCCGUUCGAAUUAUGGAUCUUGGACACUGAUUACGAUUCAUAUUCUCUUGUAUACGGCUGCGUAAAUCUAAAUACCCAACAAAGACGAGUUUGGAGCUGGAAGAUGAGCAGAACGAACACUCUAACCCAAGCUGCAACAACCGCCAUUAAUACAAUUGUGAACCGGAUCAACGUUUUGGACGCCCGGUACUACCAAACUGUGGAUCGUUCUGAUGCCGCAUGCUUCUACUACCCAGAACCGACCGGACAACCAGUCGUAUUCCGUGGACAAUGCGAUACGACGAUUCCCGUUGUACCAAACUUCGAUGCAAAUGCAUACAUGGGACUUUGGCACGAAAUCGAGAGAUACCCAACUCCAUUCCAAGAGGGUACUUGUGCCAAUGCUCGAUACUCUCUAACCGGAGGUACCGUCGAUGUAAUCAAUACCGAAGUUAUCAACCAGAGGCUUGAAUCUAUCAAUGGUUUUGCGGUCUUAGCGACCACUGACGGAAGCGCCAAAUUAAAGGUUACUUUCCCUGUUGCCGGCACCACACAAACAAUCGAAACUGACUACUGGGUUUUGAGUACAGACUACACGUCUUAUUCUCUGGUAUACUCCUGCAGAAACUUGGAUUCGGAAAGGCGACAAGUUAUCAGCUGGAAGCUUAGCAGGACCAAGCAGUUGACUAAUGCUGCAGCAACUACUAUCAGAACCGUUAUGAACAACAUCAACGUAUUGGAUCAACGUUACUUCAGUCAAACCGACCAGACUCCAGCAGGAUGCUUUUACUUCCCUGAACCUCGCCCAGGAGUACAAGUAGAAUUCCCUGGACAAUGCGAAACUACUAUUCCAGUUGUACCCAAUUUCAACAUGGCGCAGUUCCAAGGAAUUUGGCACGAAAUCGAAGCAUACCCCAAAGACGAUCAGCCUGGUCAAUGCGUAAACCACCAAUUCACAUCGGGAACCGGCAACACCCUCAAUUUGGUGUCUUCAAAUGUACUUAAUCAAGCUCUUGGUAUCACGAGAGGAGUCGUCAGUUUUGCUUCCAACGAUUUAGCUGGAAGAUUGACGAUUACAAUCAAUGUGGGAGGCACGAAUAUAAACAUUCCCUACUGGAUCGUGAGCACCGAUUAUAACAACUACGCCUUAACCUACAGUUGUGUUAACAUCGACAGCGACUACAGAAGAGUUUGGAGUUGGAAACUGAGCAGGACAAAACAACUGACAGCUGCCUCAAAUGCCGCGAUUAACACUGCCAUUGCCAACAUAAACGUAAUCGACAAUAGAUACUUCGAGAACAUGGACCAAAGUGACAGAGCUUGUUUCUACUUACCCGACCUUGCUCCUGGCGAGCCAGUUGUCUUUGUUGGGCAAUGUGAUCCUAAUAUACCCGUAAUGAGGAACUUUGAUCCCAGCCGAUACACUGGACGCUGGAGGCUGAUCGAAUCCUACCCGUCUAACUUCCAAGAGGGCGCUUGCAAUGAAGCAACUUACACUUUGAACUCCGACAACACUAUUACAGUAUUCAACACCAAAGUACUAAACCAAAACCUCAAUACUAUAACCGGUACAGCUACUUUGGCCGCGGACGGUAGCGCCAAAUUGUUGGUGUCAUUCCCCUCUGCUGCCCAGCCCGCUGAGUACUGGAUUUUGGAUACCGAUUAUGUUUCAUACGCCCUCGUAUACUCAUGCGCGAACCAGGGCAACAACCGGAGAAGGGUUUGGAGUUGGAAACUGGCUCGCGAGAACACACUCCCGCAGGCGGCUGUAACAGCGAUAAAUACCGUGAUUAGUCGCGUGGACGUUUUGGAUCAGCGCUACUACCAGAGAGUGGACAGAUCGGAUACAGCCUGCUUCUAUUUCCCGGUGCCAGGAGGCGAUUCUGUCAUAUUCCGCGGGCAAUGCGAACAGAACAUUCCUGUUGUGACAAACUUUGACAUAAACAGAUACUUAGGUCUUUGGUACAACAUCGAAUCGUAUCCAACGAGAUUCCAGCCAGGUACUUGCAACAGUGCUUAUUACGGAGCGGGCACCGGCAACAAUAUCACCGUCUACAACACUCAGGUGGUCAAUCAACAACUGCAAACUAUUAGCGGUACAGCUGUUCCUACAAGCAAUGAUGGAACUGGACGUUACAGAGUCACAUUCAACAUCGGAGGCAAUGACGUAUCUGCUGAUUAUUGGGUAUUAACAACUGACUACUCUUCAUACGCCCUGGUGUAUUCAUGCGCGAACCUCGACAGCGAACGCAGACAAGUGUACAGCUGGAAAUUGAGCAGACAGCCUACCCUCACCGCUGCCGCCAACAAUGCCAUCAAUACCGUUAUCAAUAGCAUCCUGGUGCUGCGCCAAGAUUACUUUAUAGACCGAGGGCACAAUGAGCGCGGCUGUUUCUAUUACCCUGACAAUUUCGGUGGCGACGUCAUUCUUAGAGGGCAGUGUGUUGCCGAAAAUCAAGUUCAGGCCGUUCCGAACUUCAACCUGAAUGCGUUCUCUGGCACGUGGCAUGAGGUGGCCAGAUUCCCGUCGAACCUGCAAAAUGGCCAGUGUGCAGCAACGGACUACACAGUCCGAAGCCAGAAUUCAUUCAGUGUCGUACAAAGUAUUGUCAGGACCGAAAGACAAUUCACAACUUCGAUACCGUCCGCAACAGUACCUGCUAAUGGAAGAGGAGUCAUCAGUGCCACGAUUGCGGGAGUUCCAUUCAACAGCAUCUUCGUUUUGGCUACCGACUACACAGAAUAUGCUCUGGUAUACAGUUGCAGAAACAUCGACAGCGCCAGUAAACAAAUCUACAGCUGGAAACUCAGCAGAACACGCGGUGGACUCUCCGCAGCUGCUAACAACGCUAUCAAUACCGUAGUUACAAAUAACAUCGACUUAUUCGAAGGCUACUACACCAACACGGAUCAAAGCAACGAUGCUUGCUUCCACUACCCAGUAUUUGACCGACCCACGGCUAUAGAGCUACCGGGGCCUUGCGAUGAACGCAUUCGAGGUGUCGCCAACUUUAACACGGCUGCUUAUAUGGGCCGUUGGAUCGAAAUAGCCAGAUACCCACAAACCACACAGCAAGGACAAUGCAACCGCGCUGAAUACACAUUUGGCAAUAACGUCAUCUCUCUAACGAAUAGUCAGGUGCUCAACCAGCGUCUCAACUCUGUCCGUGGUACAGCUGUUGUCAAGUCAACUGAUGGAUCAGGCUUAUUGGAAGUAACAAUCGUCCGGACUAGUGCUACUGUUACUGCAAACUACUACAUUUUGGCAACAGACUACACCAACUACGCUUUGGUAUACAGCUGUAGAAACUUGGCUAAUGGAAACAGAAGAGUCGGCAGCUGGAAACUCAGUAGGACCACGUCGUUGAGCACUCAAGCAAACAACGUCAUGAACGCGGUCAUAACGAACACCCAGGGUCUACUGGAAGACUACUAUCAAUCUACCAGCCAAAGCGAAGACACCUGCUUUUAUGUACCCACACUCAAUCCUACCUCACCCCCUGUAUUUAGAGGACAAUGUGAAACCAUCACUGGUGUUCAGAACUUCGAUGUCCAGAGGUACCUGGGUUGGUGGCAUGAAAUUGAGCGGUACCCAACUGAGGGUAACGCAGGGGAGUGUAUCAGCUCACAGUACACAGCAUCAGGAAACCAAUACCAAGUUGUAGACACCAGCGUCUCUAGUGGGUCAGCUACUGUUGCCACCGGUACCGUAACAGCCACUAGUGACGGAAGGCUUCGAAGGACUUUGGCCAAUGGGCGAGUUGAAGACAUUUGGGUGUUGGCUACUGAUUACGAGAAUUACGCUCUCCUGUAUUCUUGCGUCAACGUCGACAGCGAACACAGACGAGUAUGGAGCGCGAAGCACAGCAAAGCUAGACAGCUGACCGCGGCUGCACAAAACGCAAUGACGCCCAUCAUCACCGCUAACAGAGUACUCCACCAGGAGCUCUAUUUAACCGUCGACCAGUCUGACCGAGCCUGCUUCCACUAUCCCGAGCAGACUGGUCAACAGGUCAUCCUGCCUGGACAAUGCGACACCAAUAUACCUGUUGUACAGAACUUCGAUGCUAAUGCGUAUACCGGAACCUGGUACCAGAUUGAGAGGUACAGCCAGAUCCACGAAAGAGGCACGUGUACUGGAGCUCGAUACAUCUUGGACUCUACCACUGGAGUCGUGAACGUCCUCAACUGGGAGGUCGUUGACGGUGUCCUAGACACCAUUAGCGGCACCGCUGUGAUCUCCUCGACUGAUGGAAGCGCAAAAUUGGCAGUCACUUUACCCGUUCGUGGUAGAGAAGGAACCGUGACCACGCCUCUCUACGUUCUCACGACGGAUUACCAGAGCUACUCACUGGCCUAUAGCUGUGUAAACAUCAACAAUUUCCAGAGAGCCGUUGGUGCAUGGAAACUCAGUAGAACCCGAACAAUGCCUGCAGCAGGAACAACGGCUAUCGACGCUUACAUGGCACAAAGAGAAGAACUCCACCAACCUAUAUUCAUUCAGGUGGAACAAAAUGAAAACUGUGAAGAACCGAACUCCGCCUUCUUAGCUAGGAGCAGUAUUUUAGUUAUGAUUGUAUGUGUAAUAUUACAGGUAUUCGCCUAAUGAAUGUAAUAUUAACAUAAUUUAAGUUAAAUUAAGUGUUUUUUGUAUAUUUUUUUAUGUUUAUAAUCAAGAAAUAAAAGUUAUUUUCUUUUAUUUACAAAA